AUGCUGCGCUGCUCCAUCCUUUGGUUUUCUGCUCUCGUUGUCGUCGUCUUCCUAGCGAGUGAUUGCUCGUGCUCGCUGGAUCGAUCGUUCCUACACUUGGCUCCGCGGGAUCCUUCCCCCAUGACCCUGCAACGAAGCAGCUACAGGGCUCGGCAUCUUCGAGGAGGCAGCGAUGCAGCGGACCCUGCGACGGGAGCUUUGUCCGUGGAUGAUACACCUAAGGGGGGCCAGUUGGCGGCAGAGCAGAAGGAUGGAGGGGAAGUUGCGUCGUUUACGGCACAGGAGCUUGAGGAAGCACCAACAACGGAAGCUCCAACUCCUUCAGGUCUUGAACGGGAGCCAGAACAGAGACAAGAGGAUCAAGUCCCUGCAGUGGAACCCGUGAAACCCAUGGAGGAGACGAGGCAGGACAAUCGUCCUCCCGCCGAUCCAGUGGCUCCACCGCAUCCGAGACCGGAGCCGCAAGUCAAGCAAGCAAGCGUUUCUUCCGCAUUGAGUCAGGAGCAAGGAGGGCUUGGGGUUCCUAGAUGGCGUGUGGGUCUGGCUUCUCUGCAGGCACGCGCUGUUCCCAUCAUGUUGAGCUUCUCCUUGGGCAUGGCAGUUGCUUACGGCGUCGCAAAGUUUGGAUGGCAGCAAGAAGAUGAUUUGGAUCAAAUGUUGACUGAAUUCCUGAGUGUGAAGCUCUGA